GUUGUGCUUUGAAUGAACAGCCUUAAAAAUGAACACGACGGCACCUCCCCCAGAAAAUGGACAGUAUUCUACAAACCAGCCAAGGCCUUACUUUUAUGCACAGCCAACAGCACAACUACCUUUCCAAAAUCCUUGGUACCUUGGCCAGUUGUACAAUCCAUACUGCAUUCCUGGACCAGGCUUUAGAGGUGGAAAUCCCUAUUUUCCAUACUACUCUGUUGCUCUCCAUGAGUACCCUGGAUAUUUUGUUCCCCAGCCUCAAAUGAAUACUAGGAUGAGUAGAAGACCUCAUUUUAACCCCCAUCCGCCUUCCCCAAUGUUUUACCAUGCUACAAGAUUUAGGCACUACAGCAGUCCUGGGAGAAGAACUGAAACCAAAGAAACCCAGACUGAUCCACGGCAACAAGAAUGUGCUUCUAAAAAGCAACAUAGUUCAGACGGUAAAGGCUGUGAUGGAGGAAAUGUAGUCUAUCUUUCUUCUGGCAUUAGCAGCACCGGAAACGAAAGUAACCUGGAGAAUGUUGAGAUGUCCAUGUCUCCUGCAACAUCAACACAGGAAAGAGACUUUCAUAAAAAUGCUUGCAACUCAGCCCAAUACAGAAACAUGCCUCCAGGAAGCUAUGCAUAUGAGAAAGAGGAGGUAAGAAUAGAGUAUGGAAGUGGUUCACCUGCUGCCAUACAAAUGUGGAAGUCUUAUAAAGAAACCAUACCAAUAUACGAUGUGGCAGUUGUUAAAGAAUUACCAGAAAAUGUAGUGCAGCGUGAUCUUUUUUGUGAGGGUGUAUUAUAUGGCCCUCAUGCAGAAGGCGAGGAGCUUGCUGUGCAGAGCGUUGCCUUUUCAAACAAAGAUGAAUGUAAAAAUUCACUUCCUCCUAAACUGUGUAUUGAUGCUGUUCAAGAAACAGAAACCCAAACCACAAUAGUUCAAACAAGGGAGCCCCGAUAUGAAACCAGCAAACAGGGAAAACAAGUUAUGAAAGUUAAGGCCACAAUGGAGGCAGAAUCGCCAACCAUGGUGACGGAACAUGUUGAAGUAGUUAGUCCUGUUUAUGAUGAUCCACAAGUAAGUGUACCUGAGGAUUCUGAUGAACAUAAUCUCAUUACAAAUGGUGAUCUUAUAGAGGGCUCAGAUGGAUGUCCAGAGCAGCAAGAUAUUGCAAAUCAAUCAACCUGUAAUGGAGAGGUGAAAUUGGCUAACAAAAGUAACAUGUGGACCGAUGAUUCCAUAGAGAAAUUUAUGCCAUCACCGACAUGGCUGGCUUGCUUUGAAAAUAUAGAUGCGAACUAUGAUUAUGAUGUUUAUUCUUCGCAAAGGAAGCAAAAACAGACAAGUGUCUUAAGCAUUACUUCAGAAGAACUUUCAUCUAGGGAUGAAGGAUCUUCUUUGGAUAGUGCUUCUGUAUCUUACUUUGUCCCUGAUUAUAUUCUUAGGAAAGGUUUGUAUACUUUCCGAAAAACCACAGAGGAUUUGGAGAAGGAAACCAUUAAAAGCAGUGGUUCUUUAAAGGAAGAUGAUAUACCUCUGAAACAAUCUUGCAACAAGUAUGUGAAAAAAUACAGGUCUUCUGCAGUGAAAGCCAAGGAUGUUUCGAGUAGAUGUAGAAAAAUUGGAGUGCCUCUGAAAGGCCUCAGUAGAAGGAAACUCUACUCUGUAAAAAAGAAUCCAAAGAAGAGUCAGUCAUUGUCUGAACCCGAGGACUCUGACGAAUACUGGGUCAUGGAAGAAGAAAACGAUGAAGAAGGAGAUGAUGAAGAUGAUAGUGAGGAAGAGGAAUAUUACUUUCAAGAGAGCCUUCCACAUGGACAGGUGGAUAUUGGCAAAGGAAGUAUCUUUAAGCAAAUCGCUCAGAAGCGAAUUCUCUGGAAACCUCCAAAAGGCAUGGUCCCAGCUCAAAUCGUUGGAUGGCCUGUAAAAGAAAAAUUGGUGACUAAAAAGGGUGCUUAUGACGCACUGAAUCAGGUGUGCCGACUUAAGGAUUAUGAUGGGAGUGACUAUACAAUCUAUGAUAAGAAGAUUUCAAAAUUAAACAGAGGCUUCAUCUCUGAGCCGAAAAAAUCGAUGCAGAAGUCCGUGGGUGGAAAAGCUCAAAAGAAAACCCCUGGGACAGCUGUUGAAGAAUACUGGGUUGGAAGAGGUGCUAAACCCAAAUUCCCAGAACCUGCAUAUUAUUUGCAAGAUCCAACCAAAAUCAAAGAGCAAGAUAAGCCUCCAAAAAAGAAAGGAGCUCUCAAGUCUUCUAAAAGAAAACAAACUAGAACUGAUCCAGAAGAAGUAGAAACAUGGGAGGUUCCUAGAUCCUUCUUGUACAGAGGCCAUGGGUUACAGAAGCGUGGCACCAAAAAGAAGCAGCUGAAUGGCAAACUGUAAAGUGUAUAUAUCUCUCUUAAAACAAAAUUUUGUAUAUUGUGUGUUUUCGCAAGUAAUAUAUUACUCCUGAAAAGGGGUCCUACCUACCCACUCAUUUUUUUUUUUUUGCAUUUUUGUGUAAACCUGUGGUAUUUUGCACACUGGAAGCUAAGGAGGCUAAAUAGUUUUGAAACAGGCACACUAAAGGGAGAAAACCUUCAGUUUUGAAUAAGUAAUAAAAUGUGAGAUAUUGAAAUAGCACAUGAUAAAAAAAAAAGCACUCUUAACAUUGUAUAUAGCACACUGUCCACAAUGUACUAGCAUCUAAUAAAGGUUAAAUAAACUGCAAAUAAUGUACUUAA